AUGGGUGUUUCAGACCCCAAAGAAGAGAAGGAAGAGGAGGAGGUUUCCAGUGCCCCCAGCCAGGGCUCUCCUGUCAGCACGGCCAGGCCCAGCAGAAGCUGGCGCAGCAGCAGGUCAGCCGCGGCCCACCAGCGCGGCACUGAGAACUCCCGGGCCUCCAGAUCCAAGACUGGCUCCCUGCAGCUCGUCUGCAAGUCGGAGCCAAACACAGACCAGCUCGAGUACGAGGUCACAGAACAGCAUCAGUCUCCAGCUGGAAUCAGCAGUGAUGAUGAUGAGGAGAUGCUCAUCAGUGAGGAAGAAGUUCCCUUCAAAGAUGAUCCGAGAGAUGAAACCUACAGGCCUCAUCUAGAGAAGGAAGCACCAAAGCAAAGGAGAAAAGCUAGCAAGGUGAAGGAGGAAAAAGAGAAACAGAAAGAGAUUAAAGUAGAAGUGAAAGAAGAGGGUGAGUUUCGGGAAGAUGAAGAACCACCAAGGAAGAGGGGAAGGAGGAGAAAGGAUGACAAGAGCCCGAGGCUGCCCAAGAGAAGGAAGAAGCCUCCAAUACAGUAUGUGCGCUGUGAGAUGGAAGGCUGUGGCACAGUCUUGGCUCACCCACGUUACCUGCAGCAUCACAUAAAGUAUCAGCACUUGCUAAAGAAAAAAUACGUGUGUCCUCAUCCCUCCUGUGGUCGGCUUUUCCGGCUCCAGAAGCAGCUCCUGCGGCAUGCCAAACACCACACAGAUCAAAGGGAUUACAUCUGUGAGUACUGUGCCCGAGCGUUUAAGAGUUCUCAUAACUUGGCGGUGCAUCGAAUGAUCCAUACGGGCGAGAAGCCCUUGCAGUGUGAGAUCUGUGGAUUCACCUGCCGGCAGAAGGCUUCCCUCAACUGGCACAUGAAGAAGCAUGAUGCGGACUCCUUCUACCAGUUCUCGUGCAACAUUUGUGGCAAGAAAUUUGAGAAGAAGGACAGUGUUGUGGCCCACAAAGCCAAGAGCCACCCUGAAGUGCUUAUUGCUGAAGCACUGGCUGCCAACGCAGGUGCCCUGAUCACCAGCACCGACAUCCUGGGCACUAAUCCCGAGGCCAUUGCGCCGCCCACCGACGGCCAGGGCCUCCCCCUUCUUCCCGACCCGCUGGGAAGCGCCGCCCCGGCGGAGUGCCUGCUGCUGAGCCCCGAGGGGGUGCCGAAGGCGUACUGCGGCGGGGCGGAGCGCGUGAGCCUGGUGGCCGACGGCAAGCUCUUUGUGGGCAGCGGCAGCAGUGCGAACCCCGGGGCUGGCAGCAGUGCGAACCCAGAGGGGCUGGUCAUGAACACAGAGAUCCUGGGAGCCACCACAGAGGUGCUCAUUGAGGAUUCAGACUCCACUGGACCCUAGUGGGUGGGGAGCACAUAGGUGCUGGGGUAGUUUGGACUCUGUAUUUAAA